AUGAAUCUCCGAAGGCUGAUCUCUAUCCUUGGAGUGAUCUCAAUUGUCCAAUCACAAGUGAUCAAUAAGAACCUGGGGAAUCGAGGCGGAAUUGAGGAUGAUGCAGAGUUCGUUGAGCUCAAAGAUGGUCUGCUGAAACAGCAGCAACAAGCCGAUGGGCGCGAGAAAUCGGAGCAAGGAGCCGGAGAACCCGCCGAUGUGAUUGCUGCAAAUGCAAAUGCAAAUGCAGAAAGCGGAGACAAUGCCGCUGAACAGGAUGGGUCUGCUUUGCCGCCAUCUCUUAACAGCAAGAACUUUGACAGGGUGUUAUCGUCAGGAGUGCACUUUGUAGAGUUCUUUUCGCCUUACUGUACUCAUUGCAAAGCACUGGCCCCCAUUUGGGAGGAGUUCUAUAAAAGCUACAGGGCGGAAGGUGAAGCCGAGAAUAUCUUCCUUCACCAGGUAGAUUGUGUUGCCAAUGGAGACCUGUGUUUACGCGAAUCGAUCUCGACCUACCCCAACAUCAGGCUUUAUGUGCCCAAUGAAGCCGGAACGGCAGGAUCUCUCACCAUGAAGUAUCCAGAUGAAGAUCCAAGAACUGCAGAGGCGUUCAUUAAUUUUCUACGCGAGCAGGCUCUCGAUGCCAAAGAUGCGGGGUAUUUCAAAACCUCCAAAUCCACUCUGCUCACUCCUAGCGAGAUGGUAGCAGCUAUUGCCGGUCACCAGGGUCAGCCUUAUUUGGUCUCAUUCUGGCCCACCACGAACGAAGAGCUCAAUGACGAUAAUUUUGAUGUUGUGAAAAUUCCAAAGUCCUCGCGUUGCAACGAAUUCAAGACUGUCUGGUCUCAAGUCUCUAACCAAGUUGGGGUUAAAACCGGUACUUUUAACUGCAGGUCCAACCCCAAGAUCUGUAAGGCUUUGGGUUUAUCAGAUUUGACCAAGACUACUGAAAGAGGAAUGCCUGCUGUCUACAUGUUUCUUCCAUCAGAAUACGGCGGAAACAAAAUACGGUACAAGUCCUACAACAAAGCUAAGUUCAUCGUCGAAUGGGCAAAGAGGCUGCAACAAAUUUACAACGUGGAAGAAGUAACUUUCAAUUCGCUGAAAACGAAGAUGAAGUUGGCACCCCGGUUGCAACGCGAAGCUUCUACCGAAUCAGCCAUCAACAGCAAGAUAUCCUUUGUAUACCUUUAUGAUAAGGAUGCUUACGUCACUGAGGACGAGCUGAUAUUUGGCCAGUUGAUUCAGCCAAUAAUGGACUUGAAUACUGAGGUAUAUCUCUACAAGAGUUCAGACAUGAAGUUUUUGUCGUUCCUUGAAAAGCAGCACAACAGUCUUCUGGAGUACAUCCAUUACAACGAAACGGAAUCACAGCAACCUUUCAACAAGAAGAGAUUUGUAUCCGAAACUGCAAGUUCGUUGCCCACCUGGCUGUGCUUCAAGGAUAACAGCUUGAUCUCUCAGGUAUUUCCCAGCAGAAGCGCGCGGGAUGUGCGUGACUACGGCAAAGCUUUCAACUUUAUAAAGUCGAAUGCCUUGCCAUUGGUGGAAGAAUUGAAUGAAAUGACGUUCAACUCUAUUUUCUAUCAUUAUCCUCCGAACUCUGCAGGAUUCUUCACGGAAGAUGACAAAGUUGUUAUCUCGUUUGUGGACUCGACCGACUUCAAUGGUGUAUUUGAAACAAUUUACCAAAGUUCAUUGCUAGCUCAUGAUUAUCACAAUUUGAGACAGAACCUAAUGUUUACUCAUCUUGAUGAAGAGAGAGAGUCUAAGCGUACGAAGGCCCAAAAGGUGAAGGACGAUGGUGGAGAUUCGGUGGAUUACAGACACGCAUUGAACCGUCGUCUAGGCCUCUUUGAUCCAGGAAAAAUUGUGCCGGUUUAUCUAGAUCUCAAAAAGAACUCUGCUCUUUUGGAUAAGUGGGGUUGGAACAGACUCCAUAAGCGAGAUAUCAAACCUGGUGAUGCAAUUGUGGUCUCAAGAUACGACGCGAAGAAGAUGUUCUGGGACAAAGACAUUUAUGGAGCUCCCUUAUCAAUAUCAAAACUGCGAAACUUGAGAGAUACAAUCGCGGCGCUGAACUUUGAACCGAAACUGUUUGUCCCCAGUCCCAAAUACAGUAUGCCUAAGUGGAAAUACGUUUCCGGUACUUUUGGAGAGCACUUUGCGUUUUUGGAUGGGAUUCUCACUUUCAAAAAGCAUAGUUAUAUGGGAAGCGCCUUGCUGGUCAUUGUGGUUGCAGUCGUAUUGUUACAUCUAAGAAGAAGAAGACGGAUGAGAAGUCAGAAGCUAAGAGGGCUGGGAAUACUUGGAAAGAUACCUUCACCCCCAAACUCAAACGGCCGGCCAGGAAAGUUUGAUUGA